AUGAACAUGGUUUUGCAGUUCACGGUAGUUGUCUUCGAACGGCCCAACGAUGUUUUUGUAUUCGCCCAGCUUGCCAUCGUUUCAAACUCGAGCGUGCCGCGUCCGCAGUUUUCUGGCUUUGGAAGCUUGCGCUUCAUCUUAGCCGGCACUGCAGCCUUUCAAGAGUUACAUACCUGCCGUUUAGGCAAUGACCAUGAAGCAAUCGUUUCUUCUGCUCUUGAUGACGACCGUGCCUUGGCUCACAGGGUCGGUUCAAAAGCUUCUAGGAGGGUGUGCGGCGGGCAUGAGGUUCUCCCAGGGCUUGAACAAACCCCCAAAGAGGCUCUUUGCCAAUCAGCUUUUUAG